UUCCAUUGUCACUAAGCAACAAGGAGACUCUUCUCUCUUCGGGCAGCUUCAUUGUUUGCUGGUUUGUUAUUUCCUGUAUUUCUCCAUUCAUUUUCAUGCACAAAAGAAAACUGUUCCAGCUUUUUAGCUGUACUUUUUGGUAGGUGAAUUUAAUGAGACUUGCUAGAUAGGAUCAGAAAACAACUGACUGGAGUCUCUGAAUUAACUGAUUGGAAGGAAUACAGGACCAGGAUAUAGCCAUGGUUUCUCAGGUCACUGCAGUACAGUUUAGUCCUCCUAAACAUGUACAUCAACCUAUUGAUUCACUUCACAAGAUGCAUCGGAAGCAGCAUGAAAGUCUGUUAAAGAGAAUGUAUAUGCCUUUUGUGAGAGGACCUGAAGAUAGACAUUCUUUUGUCAGUUUCUGUGACAAAUACAGCAAUGCUUUUCUCAAGACAAAUCCUUUUCUUCCUCCUGAAGAUAAAAAAUAUCCUUUAGCUCCUCACCGGGAUGAUGUGCCAAUAAUUAACCCUUGCUCAGGGUCUGUUAGCCCAGGGGCUAGUGCUGAAGCGGAUCAGCAAAUCCCAUAUCGCAAAAUUGUGGAAUCUUGGGGAGAUGGCAGAGAUGUGCAACCUCAGCAUGGGGAACCUGUUCCACACUAUAGAACUCAGACUGCCAACAGAAGACCCUCAUUGCUAUUAGAAAGGGGAAAGCAGAAUCAACAAUGGAACAGCAGAGCAGUGCCAGAUGUUUGUUUGAGAGCCAGAAUUGGAGGAUGGACAAGUCCAGUGAAAGUUAUACCAGCUCCACCUAAAAUAAAAGAAUGUUUCUCACCUCACACAUUUGUGUUUUCUGUGGAUUCAGAUGUUAAGUCAAACGAUCCUUGUUCUGAGCCCUCUAGAGAUGAAAGAGCCCGAAAAUAUAUGUAUACUUCAACUACACAGAGAAGUUAUGAAGAGUUUCCCUGGGACAAAAUAUUGCCACCAAAAGUCCCGCCUCCAGAAUCAACACUAGAACCAAAGGCUGAUAGUGUCUCCCAGUGUUUUGCAAUGAAGCGAUAUGAACCAGUAGCCGAAAUAAGCCAAGUUGUUGGAGGCCUAUGGGAUAGGUUUCAGAGAAGAUCCUUCACAUCACCACACAAGCCAAUUAAUUUUGUUAGUCCAAGUUCUCGAACUGAGCAUCUCCCUUUAUACACAGGCUUCGUUGGUGCAGAGAAUGUUGAAGAUCUAGACAACCCCAAUGUAGAUGUAAUUAUCCACAGCAAAGUUCGACGUGGCAAGCCACAUUAUACGAAAACAUCCUACUCUCCAAACACCUUUGGAUACACUGGCAAGGUUCAUUGGUCAACCACCCAACCAGUAAAUUCUAAUCUUCCACCAACAUCACCAGCAAUAAUUUCACGAAUGUAUGGGCAACUAGCUAAGCAUGGGCAGCCAACUGAAUUUCCACAUCGUGGACCCUUGUCGCAGAUUGUUACGUGCAUUGAACCUCAAAAUGCGUUCAAUAAGAAGGAGAAAGAGAGAGUUGCUGUUUGAAAUAAUGUUUGUCUCCGAUGGAACAAUUUUAAACUUUAAAGGAUAAUGAGAAACAAGAUAAAUUGUGAAAUUGAUCCUAUUUUAAAAUGGACAAGAAUCAAAACUUGCUUUCAUGACAUA